AUGGGUGAAACACCAUCUGAUGCCGAUAAGGACCUCCUUCAACGGCUAAAUGCCCUGAAGCCUUCCACUGUUCAGCUUGAGUUCGGCAAUGCGUCGUGGGGCGACUCGCCUGAACAUAGUGACGACGAGAAUGAAAUAUACGCCGAUAAAGCCUACUUGUUAGCAGCGCAGCCUAGUCAGCUUGACAAUAACAAGUCAGGUGGACAUUAUAGAUAUUUGUAUUCUGUACCAGAGGAAACCGAGCAAGAAGAAGAAGAGGAUGUCGAAGAGCUCCUUGCAACUCUACGAUCAAGGGAGACUUGGAAACUAGAACAUGAGCUACAGACUGAAGGCGAAAUCAAAAGCUUGGUCGACGAGGCAAAGAAAUUUGUACUUUACUGCCAAUCUUCUUUCGGUUCGCCGCUGCAAUCUGACUGGGGAUAA